AUGAAGAAACGGCGCUUGUCCUUCCAAACCAUAUUUGCCAAGGAACAUGUGCACGAACAACUACCACCUACUACUCCCCCAGACCUUCCCAGCCCAGGCUCUCGCAAUUACAAGACACUUCCGCGGUCAUUCGGUGCUCAAAUGGCUUAUUACGAUGCACCCUCACUAGACGGUCUUGUGCUUGCAGACACAAACGACUCUUUUCUUCUCGACGAUGACCCUUUUGCUGAUUUGAGUGGUGGUCCUCGUCAGCUUGUAGACGCGCCAAAAGACCCAACUCCGCCUCCACCAGUGCCGCCAAUUCCUCCCCUUCCCCCAUCCCCCAUUUCCAAACAUCCUCCCAGUCCAGUUCGGACAGUCUCGGCCCAAGCAACGCCUGCUUACCAACGACCAGCGUUCAAAGCGCGUCCUUCACUUCCUUCGUUGAGCAGCCUUGCCAAGAUGAAUGUGCCAACUCCGAAGGUACGCCGGGGUCGUGUAGGCGCCGGACUCCCUGCUGAACCUUGGGACCUUGACCCUGACGCGCUACCGGUUGUCAGUCCGACACAUGCAACAACACCAAUUUCUCCUCAAGUGAUACCCGCCAAUCCAUGUGAAUUCGAGGCACCACAGUCACCUGUAUUACCACCAACAACCCCCACUUCUCCGACAACCUUCCUCGAUUUCUCAAGUGAUUCUGACGAGGGUGAUCACCCACAAGAAGUGGAGACCCGCCAACUGUCCUCCGAGCUCGCUGUCAAGCCAUCACCCGCCAUCACCCGUACUCCGCCUGUCGCAGAGACUACUUUGGCAACCCCACCCGUGAUUGCAACCUCUUCUCCAACCCUUGCUUCUCCGCAGCCACAACCAAUCGUAUUGCCCAGAUCUUCGUCGUUGGAGGCACAUCCCCCCGCAGUAGUUCCAGAAUCACUGUCUCCCCGAUCUGCGACCUAUCCACCGCUUUCUCCGCACUCUUCUUCGCUCGCUGUCAAGCCGCUGCCUGUGCUACGUGAGAUUCCCUCGCCGGAACCUCCACCUGUGCCCCCCAAAGACCACGACGUGAACCCGCUGUCAGAUUCUCACCCAUCGGAGUUAGCGGUUCAAGCUCUUGCUUCUCGGCUUGACGACUUUCCUCUGGAUGAUGGCCCCCUUGAACUGGGGGAAGACUUUGGUCAUCAGCUUGGGUUGGACCUUGGGUUGGGUUUGGAUUUUGGACAUAGUCCACGUGGUGGGGAAGAGGUGGAGCCUGCCCUUGGUCGAAAUCAUUCCAAACGAUUGUCGGCACAAGAUGGUAGAAGUCGAGCCAGUAGCACCUCGCGCAGUCGUGCAGGCAGUCUUGCAGUGUCAAGACGCGCAUCAAGGACUGCCUUGGUUGAAACGGAAAUAUUGUUGUUGGAUACGGUCGCUAAUCAUUCACCCUCCAACUCAGCUUCACGGUCACGUGCACGGUCACGUGCAACUUCUUCAGCAUCGUCAUCCAACUCUACUUCCUCGCGUGGAAUCGACGAAAAAGCUGCAAAGCGGCGUACUUUCCGCAAAAGCUCUUUGGUCGGCGAUGUUCUCAAAUUUGCUCCGGCUUCACCCGAACGACCGUCAGUGCUGGACAAGGAGCCAGUGGCAAUCUCGCCAGAAGACAACUUUAGAUCAAGUGUCCUUUCAACCGCAAACGAUGCGGGCCAUGAAGAGUUAGACGACGAGCUGGGCACUGCUCAGAAGGGGUGUUCUUCGCCUGAACGGAUAGAAGGCUUCUCAUCACCACUUUCUGCCCGGUCUCCAGAGCGUCAAUACUCUUCGCCAUAUUCGACUCCAUCAAUAACGACUGAUGCUCGUUCACCUGAUAGCUCUUGGUCGGGCCACGAGCACGCAGAGUUUGACUUUGAUUGGCUUUCAGAUCAUCGUCGCACGGAGCGGUUUCCCACUUCUUCCUCCAAUUCUUCUGAUUACGGUGAAGAGUUGGAAGAAGAGCGUGGGCGUUGGCGUCAGGCUCCCGUGUUGCCUCCACCAUCGGUCUAUUCUGACGAAGAGCUUGCUAUGGCGGACACAGAUAAUUCCGGACGACUUGCCCCUGGUUUUGUGUUCCCAGCCCGAGCCCAUCUAGCUGAAAAUAGCAAUAUCCAACCUGGUACAUCGGCCGAUACUAUUCGCGCCCGCUCAGGCAUCACAAUACCUCGUGGAGACUCUUUAUGGAACUCUGACGAUGCACCCACACUCUCGAACCCGUCUUCAACAUCGGACAGUGAAGAUGACUUCGGCACCUCCUCAGCCGAGCCUUUUGAUGAUGGCGCAUCAGAUGACGAUAUUCCCUUGGCGCGGCGUAUUCCCACGGCUUUAUCGGCUCAGCAGUCCAUUCGUCGGCAAGUCAAGGAAGAGAGGAUGUUUGCACGAGAGCUGCAGGGAGUUGAUGGGAGCGAACCUCGCAGCCGGCAAACCACUCUCCGUCCGUUUGCAGCCCCAAUGCCACCACCAUUCACCUCGAUUGUUGAGCCACACGAACGACUAAGGACUUUGACGCUUCCUGGAAGUGGAAUCAGGUCACUCGCUGUGGACAGUCUUACCGAAAAGUUGCAAAAUAUGCGAGCAAGUCACAACAACAAGAAUGGCGUGAUGGACCCCAGUUGGUUGACCUUUCCAACAGCAUCUCGUCGGCUUUCGACUUCAGCGUCGCCUCCUCCUAACCGAAACCAGCCUCUUCCAGAGACUCGUGGCUUGCGGGCUAUGCGCUCUUUCCAACGACCUAAGACAGCUGACGUCAGCCGGACUGCUCCCCUUGAUUACCCAGUUCGUGUCCGACGCAGCAAUACUACGCUGCCAGAACGAGAUCCCUCUAACUUGGUCGUCCCUGCAUUUGAGCGAAACAUGCUACCGCCUAUUCCUUCUCCCUCUAGCACCUCACCCAGCCGGCCUCUGCCACCAUCACCUUCAGAAAAUAAUUUGAUGCGUAUAUUCGUGGGAGAUGCCCAGCACUUCACUCUGGUGGAUAUCGGCCCAUCGACGACUGCGAGCGAUGCAUUGUCUAUGGUAGAAGAACAAGGCUCGCUCAAGGGCUGGGUCGGUACAGGUGACUGGAUUAUGUUCGAGGUAGCGCAGUCUUUCGGAAUGGAGCGACCCAUUCGUGGCUUUGAGUUACUCGCCGACGUGCAGGCUUCGUGGAAUAAGGACAAGAUGAUCAACAUGUUGGUAGUAAAACUAACGCCUUUGGCUCAUAUCCUUAACCAUCCUCACAUGCCACUCAAUAGCCCGACAUUCUCUGGAUACGUUGAAUGGGAGUAUAAGCGUGGAAAGUGGAAGCAUCGGUUCUUGAGGAUAAGACACCAUGCUCUCUGGCUGUCAAAACGGGAAAACGACAAAGAAGAGGUGUACUUUUGUUCGCUUUCAACAUUCGACGCCUACACCCUUACGCGGCCACACAAGGCCCCGCCGAAGCCCUUCACUUUCGCAGUCAAAUCUACGCAAAACAGCUCUACGUUUGAGAAUCCUGCCGACUACCUGCACAUCUUCUCGUGCAACUCUGAUGAAGGCGAACAAUGGUUGGAGAAAAUCAGGCUUGCCCGUUCCUUCGUCCUCUGCCACAAUGUGCCUACGACUAACCCAAGUAUUAUGCGGAAAAGCUCGGCUCCAUUAUUGAGCGAGAACUACAGCGACAUCGUGGCCCCCUCCUUGAUGCUCCGCGCCUAA